UGAUGAUAUCGACAGAUGGCGCGGAAAUGUCAACAUUUAACUUUAAAGCUUGUCAGUGUAUUGUUAUGCUUGGGGUAUACCAGUGCCCAGGUAUUUGGAGGCGGUGGAUGUCCUAAUGUUAAGGCACAGUCGACUUUCGACCUAAACAGGUAUUUGGGAGACUGGUAUGAGGUUUACAAGUUCUACGCUGCCUUUGAAAGCGGACAGUCUUGUGCUAAGGCACAUUAUGAACUCAAAUCUGAUGGCCACAUCAAAAUUGUUAACAGUGGUUUCAAGGAUGGCAAGGCUAUCAAUGCGACCGGUGAUGCUUUUAUUCCUGAUCCACAGAACAACCCCGCCAAACUGAAACUGAGAUUCUCAUCUCUUGCUCCAUACGGCAACUACUGGGUUCUAGAUACAGAUUACGAUAACUAUACCUUCAUUUACUCGUGCAGUGGAGUGCUCGGGAUCACACAUUACGAGUUUGCAUGGAUCCUUACAAGACAACCGAAUAUAACCGAGGACGUUAAAACAAAAUUGUUUAAUGAGGCGAAAGCUUUUGGUAUUGAUACAACAAAUUUCAAACUGCAGGACAGAUCAGGUUGUCCAAACAACCAAUGAUUAACUUAUUAUAUUUAAGUAUAUAUUUGUACACUUAACAUUUUAAUACAAAUGUAUUGCUGAAGUUAUCGACAUUUUUGUACUUGUUAAAAUUUUCUAUAAAAUACAUAUAAACAUA